GCCGUUCCUCCGUGUUCGCACGCUCAGUUUAGUUCAAACGUUCAAACGCACCAGAAUGUCGAACAAACCGGCAAGACUGUUGCAGAAGUACGACCUGCUAUUGGAACAUCUGGACUUUGAGUACAUUCGCCAAUGCACCAACGGGCGGGAGGUGGAAAAUAUCGUAAAAGUGUUGCGCUCCGGUGAGGAAGGCUACUUCCCUCAGCUUACCGCAUUUGCCGAGGAACGUCUGAAAUCGCUUCGUCCCGAGAGCAGGUUGCUUCGAAAGGAGCAACCACUAGCGACAAAGCACACGCUGCCGGAGGAGCAAUGGCGGGAAAUCUCCAACAACCUGCACGACUGGGAGUACAGGAUGAAAACGCUGACGGAUGAGUUACGCUCGGCACAGGUCGAGUCGGAUGAUACUACCGUACCAAGGAUUAGAGGGACGUUUGACCCCUUCGCUAAGGAGGGGGAACCGGAAAAGGUACCUCAAUCGAAGGUGAUUAAGUACUGUGAUUACGACAAGUGGGACAAGUUCGAUGCCGACACGGAAAUGCUCAAGAUCGAUCUGGACGAGGAGCGGCACCGUGAGAUGGUACGGCUAAACAACCAGAAAAACAGCGAGCACCCGAAAAUUGUUGAGCUUCCGCCGGAGGUGAAGCUGUCACAGCAGGAAAAGCAGGUGAUUGCGGGAAAGCUGCGAGAGAAGGGGAACGAUUACUUCCGCGCCAAGGAGUUUAAGGAAGCGGUUGAGGAGUACGGCAAGAGUUUGGAUUUGUUUCCGAGCGCAGCUUGCUUCAAUAAUAGAGCGAUGGCAAAUAUUAAAUUGCAACGCUACGAUCAGGCAAUUGCUGACUGCAACCAAUGUUUGGCUUUCGAGCCGCAGAAUGUUAAGGCACUUCUAAGAAAAGCGCAAGCAUUAACUUCCACCGACAAACGAAGCGAGGCUUACAAGGUAUACUGUGAUGUCCUCCGUAUAGAACCAACGAAUGCAGUCGCACAGACCAGCACAUCUGCUUUGCGUCGUCAACUACCCGAUCUACCGCCACCGAAUGCUGUUCGUCUGACGAUCGAAGAGGUGGGCAAUGAUGUACCGGAAAUUGACUUCCGGGAGCUGAUCCGCCCGAAGAAGGUUAUCAAGGACAAGCUGCCGGAUGCGAUCAAACAGCUGAAGAAGGAUACAGUCAGCUUGAUACAACAGCAGGCACAGGCGCAAACCAAACAGGAGCCGGAAGAGAUGACACUGUUCCCCAAACCACCUCCAAGACGGACUCCACUGAUAGAGGAAUUGUAGCUUCAUAGCUUUAAUAAUGUGCUUCCGGGGUGGAAGGUAACAAAAUCUUGUGUAGCGUCCUGCGGAAUGCUUUAAAAUGCUUAAUUCAAAAGCUAAUAAAGUAGAUCUCCCACUGUUAA